GUAGUGGACACAAUCACAUCACACCAUCUCGACCUAAAAACACUUCUCUCUUCUUUCUUAUCAUUGUAUUUCAUUUCAUAAAAAUCUCGAUGGGAUUAGAUUAGAGCAUCUUGAUAUGGAAAUCAGAAAUAAGAGAGAUCUAACUUAGUUUUCUUCUAUUCUUUUAUAAUUUUUUCUUUGUUAAGUAUGUUCUUAACUCGUUUUAUAAACCUAUCACUUCUUUCUUAUCCCUGAAUUUCAUAUAGAUCUGCUUGGAUAGAGAAUCUAGACAUGGAAAUCAGAGAUAAGAGAGAGCUGUAUACGUUUUCUUCUAUUUCUUAUCUUUAUCUACUGUUAGUUUAUUCUUAUAAGCAUUUGAAUAUCUUUCUCUCCAAGAACUGCAUGAUUUCUGUACUUUUUUUUAUUUUAUUGUUGAAAAUUGAUUUGAGCCUCUAAUAUGAGAUUAGUGUUUGCUUUUAAAUGAUAAUAAUAUUAUUGAAACUGAAAGUUCUAUUUUAGCAUCGAAUUAAUUUGAGAUUAGGGUUUUCUAUUCAGCUUUAGCAAAAAAAAAAGAAAGGGCUUGCGUGUCAAAGAAAUAAACCCACCCAUUUGGUUCGGCCCAAGCCUAUAUAAACAUGCGAAUGCACAAUUAUACCCUUGUGUGUCUCUUUCUGAUCCGUCGAGUCGUCGCUUAUGUUUUUUUUUCCUCAACCGUCGAGUCGUCGCUUAAACAGUUAAACCCUUAGUAUUUCUCUUCCGGCUACGUUCACCAUCUCAGAGGGUUGCUUCUGCUUUCAAUUUCUUCGAAAUUUGAAGACGUUGAACCAUUGCCUUAUUUCGUCGUGUAUUUUGGAACUAUUAAACCACAAUUUCGGCUUUCACGAUUCUGUGGAUGUAAGGAUCUUGAAUCUUGUAAAGAUACGUUUAGUUUGCCUGAUGAAUUUGUCCAUUUUUGGUAUUUAUUUUGGAUUUUCUGUUAACAAUCUAAUCAACAAUGUUUGUAUUCGUCACUAUGAUCUGAUUGAAAUUAGGGUCUUCCUCCAUGGGAUCUACACAGAAGGAGAAACGUAAAGCUUUAAUUUCAAGAAAAUCUUCUCUGCUUGAAGAUAGAUUAAAAGCAGUUGCGGCUGGGGAGAAUCAGUAUGCUCACACCUUCUCGGUGGAAAUGUCAAUUCCAGAUUUUAUCAAAAGAGGAUAUUGUGUUGGCCCUGAAACCUCUCUAGCAGGGCGAAUCAUGAAUAAGCGGAAAUCUUCUUCCAAGCUCCUCUUCUAUGAUCUACAUGGUCAGGGUUCCAAGGUCCAAAUUAUGGCUAAUGCAAGUGAGUCAACGUUAAGCUUUGAUGACUUUUCAAAGCUUCACUCUAGAGUCAAGCAUGGAGACAUCGUUGGAAUCAUUGGUAUUCCAACGAAAACCAAAAAAGGAGAGUUGAUGAUUUUAUCACGAGAGUUCAGUCUUCUAUCAUAUUGUUUAUACGCAAAUACAUCAGAAUACGAAAACCAAAAAAGGAGAGUUGAUGAUUUUAUCACGAGAGUUCAGUCUUCUAUGUAAACAAUAUGAUAACAAUAUUAAACCAGCUUGUAAUUGAAAACAAUAUGAUAUAUCUGAUGUAUUCUGAUGUAUUUGCGUAUAGCUCCUGAGCUAUAUCUGAAGCAGCUUGUAAUUGGUGGAUUUGAUCGAGUGUUUGAGAUUGGAAAACAAUUUAGAAAUGAGGGUAUUGACAUGACCCAUCAUCCGGAGUUCACCAGCUGUGAGUUCUAUAUGGCAUAUGCAGACUACAGCAAAUUGAUGAGAAUGACUGAGGAUAUGUUGAGUGGUUUGGUGAAGGAGAUUACAGGUGAUUGCAAAAUCAAGUACCAUGCUAAUGGGUAUGAUAAGGAACCAAUCGAGAUCGACUUCACUCCUCCAUACAGAAGGCUUGAUAUGAUAGAAGAGUUGGAGAAAGCGGCUCAGCUUAAAAUUCCAAAAGACUUGGCCAGCAAAGAAGCCAACACGUAUCUGAUUGAUGCAUGUGUAAAGCUUAAUGUCAAUUGCCCUUCUCCCCAGACAACAUCUCGACUUUUAGCAAAGCUUGUUGGAAAGUAUGUGGAGGAAUGUGUGAAUCCCACAUUCAUCAUCAACCAUCCGGUAAUCAUGAGUCCAUUUGCUAAAAGUCAUAGAUAUAGUGAUGAUCUGACUGAAAGAUUCGAGCUCUACAUAGUCAAACAAGAACUCUGCAAUGCCUACACCGAGUUGAACAAUCCGGUGGUUCAGCGAGAGCGAUUUGCUCAUCAGCUCAGGGAGAGAGAAUCUGGAGAUGAAGAAGCAAUGGUCUUGGAUGAGUCUUUCUGUGUAGCUCUUGAACAUGGAUUGCCUCCUACAGGUGGUUGGGGUAUGGGAAUUGACCGACUCACCAUGCUUUUGACGGAUUCCCUGAAUAUCAGGGAUGUUAUUAGCUUCCCAACAACUCAAUCUGGAUUCUGAAGAUGUAAUUCAACAAUGUGGUUUUCUUUUGAUACUUUGAACUAUUCUUUAAUUCUUGAUUUUUUUGGCAUAUUUUGUUGACAAUAUGUUUUCUGUUGGGAAACUUACUUUUUGACUAUUCUAUUGAUCUUUUUGAGUAUU